UAGGGUUGAAGGAGAUUGAAUUGAAAACGCUGCGGAAAAACCAUUUCCAAAAGCCUCUGCUCCCCUGCCCCCGACAAUGGAGAUGAUAUCCGUCUGUCGCGGGCUCUCCCCGCCCCAGUCACAAUUGCUCGGCCGUCACCGAAGACUCUGUUCGCAAUCUGGUUUCGGAAGCAGCAUGAGCUUGAAGGAUCGAAUGGUGCUUCGGCAUCAGGAUGCCUCUAGCUCUUUUCCAAGGCUCGGUCGGAAGCAGAUAUGUGAGGACUCUUUGUUGCGUAGGUUGAAGAGGGGAAGUGGCAUUACUAUGUGUGCUUUGAGUUCUGAUUCAAAAGGAGGUAUUGGGCUUUCUGGGAGUAAAGGAAGUGCUGAUGUCCCGAUUGUAAGAAGCAGCGGGGUGGAGCCAUUCCGCGGUAAAUCGGGUUCUGUGUCGUUUUAUGGAUUGACUCACCAGUUAGUUGAAGAAGCAAAGCUAGAAUCAGCUCCCUUUAUGGAAGAUAAGGGCUCGUUUAUGUGGCUUUUGGCUCCGGUUGCCCUGAUAUCAUCCUUGAUUCUCCCGCAGUUCUUUCUCGUUAAUGCCAUUGAGGCUUUUGUGAAGAAUGAGACUGUUGCAGAAAUGGUGACUUCUUUGUUCUUCGAGGCCAUGUUUUAUGCUGGUCUCGCGACGUUCUUGCUCAUCACGCACCAUGUUCAGAGACCCUUUCUUCAGUUCAGCCCAAAGAGAUGGAGCCUCAUUACAGGCCUCAGAGGAUACCUAAACUCUGUCUUCUUAACGAUGGGCUUCAAGGUCGUGAUUCCGCUCUUCAUGGUAUACAUAACCUGGCCAGUUGUUGGAGUUCCUGCCAUAGUCGCAGUCGCUCCUUUUCUCGUUGGCUGUCUUGCUCAACUUAUCUUCGAGAAGAUUCUUGAUAGGAAAGGGUCCUCAUGUUGGCCUGCGGUGCCAAUAAUUUUUGAGGUUUAUAGACUUUACCAGCUGACGAAGGCUGCACAUUACAUCGAGAGGUUGAUGUUUGCAAUGAAAGAUCUUCCCACGACUCCAGAGAUGCUUGACAGAAGCGGUGCCUUAGUAGCCAUGAUUGUCAGUUUCCAAGCCCUUGGCCUAUUGUGCCUCUGGUCGCUCAUUACGUUUCUUCUGAGGCUCUUUCCUUCAAGACCCGUAGCGGAGAACUACUGAUGCUGGCAAAAGUACUAGUGUAUGUACAUUAUCUAUUUAUGAUAUGAAGACCAGUAACGUAGCUUGGCUAGAAUGGGUACAAUUUUGUAGCUUUCGCUUUCGGGAUUUGUGAAAAAAAGAUCAGAAUAGAUGUUAGAGAGGCAUUAGCUUAAUGACCUGAUGCACAUAUAUUGUUACGUGAACACGGUUUUUGCCAUGUGUGUUGCCUGAUCAAUAUAAUACAUGUUCACCGAGUUACGUAGCA